GUCAACGCAUCCUCCCGACAAACAUCGUGCAUGCGACCACAAGCAUCCAAGGCUCGCCGGCAAUAACCUGACGCUUGCCUCUGUGCUGCGCCUCUAUUGCUUAUUUAUACAUACAUCGCCAUCCUCGCUAUUGUUUAGUACCGUUAUGACUGCAACUUGACUUGCUAAUCAGCGACAAUGGACGGAGAUUGGGAUGAGGUCGCGCGCCUCCCCUUCCCCCUUCCGGUGAUCCAUGGCCUCCCCCCCCAGGUGACCACCAUGACGUUCGACACAUCCCAGGAGCUUCUUUGGAUCGGAAAUGACAAUGGUCGUGUAACAUCAUUUGUAGGCAGCGACCUACAAAGAUACUCGUCCUUCAUCGCGCAUAACGGCCGUGUUCGGCAGAUUCUCGUAAAUGAUAAAGGAAUUAUCGUUCUUGGGGAGAACGAUCUUCAUAUGGCCCACCGUAGAGGCACACCUAUGUGGCAUAUCAGACACCACGGCAUGAAGAAGUUGCGCUGUAUGAGCUUUACAUCAAAGGGCACGGCCGAAAUUAUAGUGGCGGGACUCCAGGAUACGAUGCUUGUAGUCGACCUCAUUAAAGGUGAAGUUGUCAAGCAGGUUCCGGCCGAACGCUACUACAAACACAUGAGACGCGGGAGGUAUAUCUGUGCAGCCACCCCGCAAGGCCUCGUUAAUCUCAUAGACCCAGUCAGCUUUGCAGUUGUCAAAACUUGGAGCGCCCACUCCGCCAAGGUUAGCGACAUGGAUGCCCAGCACGAUUUCGUUGUCACCUGUGGCUACUCCCUCCGACAAGGCCGGGACCUCAUGCUCGACCCAUUCCUCAACGUCUUUGACAUCAAAACGAUGUCUUCUAUGCCUCCGAUUCCCUUCCCUGCCGGCGCUGCAUACGUGCGAAUGCACCCGCGCAUGUCCACGACCAGCAUUGUUCUCUCACAAAGCGGACAAAUGCACAUUGUCGAUCUUAUGAAUCCAAAUACUAGCAACGUUCGACAGGUCAACGUGCUCUCUUUUCUGAACAAGUUCGAUAUCGCUCCAUCUGGAGAGGCCAUGGUUUUGGCAGACACUGAUAACUAUAUCCACCUCUGGGGCUCACCAUCUAAGCUACACUUUGUCGACUUGGCUACCCCGAUAGAAUUUGCUUCCGCAGAAGAACCAGCGCCGCCAAUGGACUGGUCUGUUGAGCAUCCUCUUAACUCCAUGGGUCUUCCUUACUAUCGAGACGUUUUAGCCUCUGCUUGGCCAGAGGUGAUAUCUGACGUCGGCGCGCCACCAGUCAAGUUCGACGCACAGUUCCUGGCGACGCUGAAGAGUGUAGACUUCGGCCAAUAUGGUCGCAACACCCGCGGCCUCCGACGGAACCAGGCCGAAGACACGCGAAAGUUGGGUAAGGAUGGCCUGAAAGCUCCCAAGUUUCUCAGUGAAAAGGCUCGAGAAUCGGCAAAACUCGACUCGAGACCAGACAAGAUGGAAGACACUGCCGGCCCGUAUCAAGACAACGAGAUUGGAAGCAGGCACACAGAGGUGCCUGUUAUGUACAGAAACGUGGAGAUCAAGUACAGCAGGUUUGGUGUUGAUGAUUUCGAUUUUGGAUUUUACAACAAAACCAAGUAUUCUGGUUUAGAACCGCACAUUUCCAACUCAUACGCCAACUCUCUACUACAGAUCAUGCAUUUCAUCCCACUCGUCCGAAACAUGGCCCUCAACCACGCCGCAACAGCUUGUAUGAGCGAAAUCUGUCUCCUAUGCGAGCUCGGCUUUCUGUUUGACAUGCUUCAAAAGGCAGAGGGCUCUAUUUGCCAAGCCUCUAAUCUGCUAAAGGCCCUUAGCAGCCAUCCACAGACUGGCAAUCUUGGGCUUCUAGAAGAGGAAUCCAACGGUGCGCCUGUUAAUGUUAUGCUUCAGGGAUUGACACGAUUCUUGCUGGAACGAGUAGUGAGUGAAUUUAAGUCCAUGUCACCAACUUCAACAGAACUGGAUAGGACCUUGGCAACGUCAGCAACAACAGCUAUUAGGUGUAUGCACUGUAGAAGCGAAUACACGCGACCCGGAUCUGUAUUUGUUAAUGACUUGCUGUAUCCGUCAAUGAAACCCCAAAUUAGGGGUAAGGUGCCGCGCACAACCUUUUCUCAAGUGCUCAAGGGAAGCGUCGAGAGGGAGACUGUUGCCAAAGGCUGGUGUUCGAAAUGUGCUCGGUAUCGCGACAUAGCAACUCGUAAGGCUAUUCACAGUGUCCCGUCCGUGCUGGUGUUCAACACAGCCAUCACCAACCCAGACAUCCGCGUUCUCUGGGCUACACCCGGCUGGCUACCAGAUGAAAUUGGUAUCAUAGUGGAACAAGGCCAAUUCUUUUGUUAUGAGGGAGAAGACCUCAGGCUGCAUUUGCAACGCGCCGCGCAUAAAAUCACCGUCUAUUCUCUUGUCGGUAUGGCCGUAAACAUUGAGAAUGUCCAACCGCAAGGGUCACAUCUUGUCGCGAUGGUGGAUGUUGCCCACGCAGAGCCUGUCGCUCCUGGCCAAAGCCAAUGGCAUAUAUUUAAUGAUUUCUUAGUCCGCCCAGUGAGCAAAGAAGAGGCACUGACUUUCAAUAUGACUUGGAAGGUGCCAUCUGUUGUUGCUUUUCAGAUUAAGGAAGCGAACAACAGGGUGGACAACUCCUGGGUGGAUAAUAUCGACACUUCUAUACUUUACCAGGAUCUUACGCCUAACCUUGAUCCUGCCACAAAGACCUAUCAAACAUUGAACAGCGAGACGGAACGUCCAGGCCCCGAUACCAUUAUAGCCCUUGACACCGAGUUUGUGGCGAUUCGACAGCCUGAGAUUGAAAUGAACUCUGAUGGAGAGCACAGGACCAUCCGUCCCAUAGUGUACGCGCUGGCUCGUGCCUCAGUAGUCAGAGGGCAGGGCCAGGAUGAAGGUCAAGCUUUCAUCGACGACUACGUCGCUAUCAAAGAACCGAUCGUCGACUACUUGACCUCGUUCUCUGGCAUUACAAAAGAUGACUUGGAUCCCAGAGUUUCCAAACGCAGUCUCCUUCCACUAAAGCUUGUCUACAAGAAGCUGUGGGUUUUACUGAACCUUGGCUGCAAGUUUCUGGGCCACGGUCUCACGCAAGAUUUCCGAGUCAUCAAUAUCCAUGUCCCAAAGGCACAAAUAAUCGACACAAUCAACCUCUUAUUCCUCCCAUCUCGACUCCGCAAGCUCUCUCUGGCUUUCCUGUCCUGGUGUCUACUGAACGAAGAGAUUCAGCUUGAAACCCACGACUCUAUCGAAGAUGCACGAGCUGCACUGAAGCUGUAUCGAAAGUAUCUCGAGUUUGAAGACGCUGGGAUUCUCGAAACCAUGCUCCAAGAUAUAUACCGUAAAGGAGGAGAGCGCAACUUUAAACCUCCUCCUCGCAAAGAAGACCAGAGCAUAGCUCAGGUAGAAACACCACCUCUACCCACACCCACUGAUGAGCUUAUGACUACGCCGUCAACACCUGUGUCGAAAGCUGGCAUCCCUCCAGCAAACUUUGGGGGCGGUGCAAGCUGGACACCAGGCAAGGGAUCACCCAAGCAGUAGCUUCAACAAUCCGUAGAUAGUUUUAUUCCAAUAGCACUCUAAUUUUUGUUUCACGCUUUGAACUAUGUGACUUGUAUAUAUGUAGCCUGCAUCGCCGCAUUUCGUAUAUUAACCUGCUGCUUCUACACCAGAAACAGCACACAAGACACUCACAGUAUUAAGACAUAUUUUCCCGCUACAGCAACACUCACAAAAAGGAAAGUAAACACUCAUAUACGUGAAAAAGAAAUAAAAUUGCUGUCUGCCAACCUCCCCAAAACGCCGAUGUAUGCAUUGACCCAACUCUGUUCACCAAAGCACGCACCCAAUUACCAAAAGCUCAAGCGAAAUUCACCGUAGUCUACUUCGACUCCGAGGAUGCCUGACAAGUCCUUCUCUGCGCGCAGGUCCUCUGAUGGAAAUGCUUCUGGGCCGUCCACGGAACGGGACAGGCUCUGGUGGUGUACGUGGUGGUAACUCGAGCUCCCGAAUCCGACCAAGACUCAGGCUACCGCUUCUGCCAUCCUACAGCUCCGCCUCGCCGCCGUUUGUGGACAUGGCCAUAGGGCUACCGUUUUGCUCCUGGCGUUGUCGGAGUCGCGCGUUGCCAGGCGGGCGGCGGCGAACGGCUAGGCGUCCGCUCAAAGCCAUCGCGGCGUCGUCGUCAUCUGAAUCAGGGUGCUGCUCGUGGUAGAUGCGCGCCUCGUUGAGCUCGUUGAGGUCAUCGGGGCGGUCGCGCAGCCAGCGCAUCCUGGGGCCUGAGCGGGCUCGCUCUGAGACCUUGAAGCCGUAGAUGCGCGGGUUGUAUGUGUGCUUGGGGCCAAGGCCGGGGGCAAUGUUCUUGGUGUACAUGCCGUUGACGACGGGCUCGUCGGCAGACAGCUUGGCGCUGGAGUGUGUGACGACCUCGAUGCCGCGCUUUGUCAGGUCAAACUCGGGGAAUGUCAUAAGGAAGAGAGCGCCAAAGGUGCGGCCGAAGAAGGCGCCGUCAACGGUCUGGAAGCGCGAGUUGGGAGGGACAUAGACAUCUAGGCAUGAUGGGCAGAACAGCUUCACUGUGUCUUCGCCGGGGUUGUCAGACAGGCCAAUAGGGAGAGUGCGCGACUGUUCGCAAUUUGUCCUGGGGCAGGUGCCGAAGUGGCCGAGCUCAAACUUUUCACUCAUCUGUUGGAUGCCGACGCGGGAGCAGAUGAAGCGUUGGUGGAUCAGCCCGUACAGCAGCUCAGCUGAGGACUCUAUAACAGAGAGGUCGCUAGCCAUUCUGCUGUGGUGCCUUCUCUCGCCGACGGGCUUCUGGCCGUGCUCGCCGAGAGCAGACUCGUUAUCGUCGUCGUCCUCUUCCUCUUCUUCCUCUUCCUCGUCAUCUUCGGGCUCGACAUCCAAGAUCAUCUGAUAGUGGUGUUAGUAAAGGAUGGA